AUGAGUGGAUUCUUCUGUCCUGGGGGUCCAAUCAAACCCACAACUUUCGAUCUUAUUGUCAUUGGAACAGGCAUCCCUGGAUCAGUAAUUGCCGCCGCAGCUUCUGCUGUUGGAAAAACUGUCCUCCACCUUGACCCCAAUCCAUUUUAUGGCAGCCACUUCGCCUCUCUCCCCCCAAAUGACCUCACCUCCUUCCUCAAUUCCCAUUCUACAGAUCACAUCACCACUGCCACCAUUAACACCACCUCUAUUGAUCCUAGUCUCGACCAUGAUUACAUUGCCAUAGACCUGAAACCCCGGUUGUUAUACUCUAAUAUUGAGACUGCCACCUAUGACCCUGAAAUCCUUGCAAAACAUUGCCCGAGAGAAUUCACUAUCGACCUUGGAGGUCCUAGGUUGCUAUUCCCUGCUGACAAAGCCACUGACCUUUUGAUGAAAUCCGGACUAAAUUUGUAUGUUGAAUGUGGGUUCUUGGAAUUCAAGAACAUCAGUGAAAUUUUUGUUUGUGAUGAGAAUGGGCAGUUAAGGAAUAUUCCACACUCGCGAAUAGAAAUGUUUAAAGACAGGAGCCUAAGCCUUAAAGAGAAGAGUAUGUUAGCAAGGUUCUUCAAGUUCCUUGAGCAGUACUUGGAAGCCUCUCGUGGUAUUGGCGGAGACCAAGAAGGGAGCCACAAUAGUGAAAGUUCCAAGAUUUCAGAGGAGGACUUGGAGAGUCCCUUUAUUGACUUCAUAAAUAGAAUGCAGUUGCCACCCAAAAUAAAAUUGAUUAUUCACUGCAUUGCCAUGGUAGAUUGUGGUCAAGACGACUUGGAAGUUUGUAAAAGUAAACUUAAGACAAGAGAUGGGUUAGAGCGUUUAGCCCUCUACCACAGUUCAAGGUCGACAAAUGCCCAUGGAGCUUGGAUUUAUCCUGAAUAUGGUCAUGGGGAUUUAUCAGCUGCCUUUGCCCGCCGAGCCGCUGUUAAAGGUUGCAUUACUGCUUUGCAUACGCCAGUUAAUGCUGUGCUUAUGGAUAAGGAUAGUGGACAAUAUAAGGGUGUUAGAUUAGCAUCAGGUCAAGCUUUGUUUAGCCAUCACCUUGUUUUGGAUCCAACCUUCACCGUUCCAUUGGCACCAACUUCAUCUCCACCAAACCUUCUAAGAGAAGGUCUUCAAGUUUUAAGUCUGAAAGAUGAUAAAGGAAAGGUGGCUAGGGGAAUAUGUAUUACAGCCAGUUCCUUGAAGCCAGAUGUAUCAAAUUGUGUGCUUGUAUGUCCUCCCAGAUCUUUGUGCCCUGAACAGGAUACCUCAAUCUGGAUUAUCCAGAUAUGUGGCAGUUUGGAAACGGGUGUUUGUCCAAAGGGCAUGUUUCUGCUGUACUUUUCUGCUCUAUGUGAUGAUGCUGAGCAAGGAAAAAGGUUGCUACAAGCAGUCAAGAAUGCUCUUCUCACACUUCCUAUGUCUGGAAAUCCUGAAAGAGCUUCCACAGUUCAAAGUGAAAAAGCAGAAGUAAAACCCACCUUACUUUGGAGCACGUUGUAUAUUCAGGAGCUGACUAUAGAUCAACACGAAUAUCUUAUUUCAACUCCCAUGCCAGAUGGAAAUCUGUGGUACAAUGAUCUGUUAGAUGCAACUGUGCUGCUUUUCCAGAAGUUGUAUCCAAAUGAAGAAUUCUUUCCCGAGACAUCUGGGAAUUUGGAGGAUGACAUUCUGAUUAAUCUAGAGGACUAA